AUGUACAACAAUAAUCAUCAACCCCAUUUCACUGUGGAUCAGAACCAACAACAGGGUCCACUUUAUGGUCAACCAGGACAACCACAACAACAACAACCAUAUUAUGCCCAACCAUCCUUACCACAACAACAACAGUAUCCGUAUGGACAAGUUUCUAACCCGAACUGCUACUUUCAACCAUCGUAUAUUCAGAGCUAUCCCUAUCAACCACAACAACCAUCAUCAUCUAUGAAUCCUUCUGUUCAACAACAACAACCAUCAUCAUCAUGGACUUAUUCCUAUCCAAACUCUCAACCACAACCUCCAACGCAACAACAAGUUCAAUAUCCAACAAUCAUGAAUAACAAUAAUUUCAUCUCACAACAACAACAACCCUACAAUAUUCCUUCUGCUUAUCAACAACAACAACAACCAUCAUUAUUAUUACAGACACCUUCCGUCUAUCCUCCUCAUGUACAACAAUUCUCACCUCAACAAUCACAACCUGUGUCAUGGACGACUCCACCGUCGUAUUAUGGACAACAAUUAAUUGUUGAUCAACAUUCUCAACAACAACAACAACAACACAAUCCACAAUACUCAUCAUCAUUAUUCCAACCAGGUACUACUGUACUGAAUGAACCAUUUACCGAUUCGGAAUUUCCACCCAAUGAAACAUCUUUGGGUCAUUCCAAAAAGAAAAUGAAAGAAAAUAAUUAUGGUUCAUUCAAACGAGCAUCGGAAUUGUGUGAAAAUCCACAAUUAAUCAUUGAUGGUAUUGAUAUUUCAGAUAUUAUUCAAGGACAAUUUGGAGAUUGCUGGUUAUUGAGCUCAUUGGCAGCAGUUGCAAGAUUUCCUCAUUUAAUUGCUCAUCUCUUUGUUCGUUUCAAUAUUUCCAUGGGUCAAUAUACUUUGAGAUUAUUUUGGAGAAAUGAAUGGAAAAAUGUUACUGUGGAUGAUUAUGUGCCUGUCACGAGUGAAGGAGAACCCAUGGUCGUUCGAUCUAAAAACCCCAAUGAACUAUGGCCUACCAUUGUUGAAAAAGCUAUUGCUAAAUUGUUUGGAAGUUACUCAAAGGUCGAAGGAGGCGAUGGUACAUUGGGUAUUUAUCUGUUUACUGGAUGUGUGCCUCAAUUCGAAUUGUUAAAGAAUUGUAAGCAUGAAGAUUAUCAAGCAUUACGUACACAACAGGAUGAUGAUGAUGACAAUGAAGAAGAAUAUGAAGAAGACGAUCAAAAUGAAGAGGAAUGUGAAGAAGAAAUUGAAGAUGUUGAUGGGGGUGGUGGAUUGUCACGAGAUGAAAUUUGGGAAUGCAUUUUGACUGCUUUUAACAAUGGUAACAUGAUUGGUUUCGCCACUGAAGAUCAUUCUGGAUUGGGAGACGAGUUUGUUUCAGAAACAGGUAUUGUUGGAGGCCAUUAUUAUGCACUUGUGGAUGCACGUGAAUAUAAGGGUCAUCAAUUGGUCAAAUUGAGAAAUCCAUGGGGAAACACGGAGUGGAAAGGUGACUGGUCUGAUGUUUCUCCUCAAAUGACCGAUCAAGUUCGAAGAGAAUUGAACAACACAAGCAGUCUUGAAACAUUUUCUCUGAUUCAGCAAUUAUGUGCAAACACAGGACUUUUGCCACUCAAUGAGGACACUGCCAGUGAUAUAGGAAAUUCUUCGAGAGGGAGAAGAAAAAAACAAGUAUUGGAUCCUGACGAUGGUGUUUUUUGGAUUUCCUUAGAUGAUGUCAUUGACAAUUUUCGUACAAUGGCUAUUGGCCAUCUCACUAACAUUGAUUACUUGUACAAGGAAGAGAAUGCAUUUGGAUUCAAAUUCGAUCGAAAUCUUUUACAUGCCAUUCACAAAUCCUCAACUUUUCCAAUCUACAAACAAAUUCUUGUUCAUGAUGAUAAGGAUCUUGUGACAGAAGAUGAAGAGACUGGAACCAAAAUUCUUACUCAAAAAUUUUCUUUGACUCUUGGCGAGGCUUGCCAAGUACUUGUUGCUUUGAGAAUGGUUCAUAAUGACAUGUUAAAAUAUAGUACUUAUUUGGAAUUGGUUUGUGAUGAUUUGGAUGUUAAAAGUAAUGGACUAUAUGUUUUUACAGGCACAUGUCUAACGUUCCCAAAGGGAAAACACACCUUCCAUGUUAAUUCAGAAUCGAGAAAUGGAAAAUUCUCUGACAUUGAAGUGACUUUGUUGUGGGAAAAUCGCAAGGUCCAUUUAAUGUUGAAUGAGGAGGAAGUGGAGUGCAAUGACGAGUGGUAUGACGAGGAAUAA